GCCUGGACUAGUUGGGGAUGCCAGAAGACCUCAGGAUAACGUCAUGCCUGAGAAGCGGAGUCACCAAGGACCCUCGCAUCCCCGUGCCCGAACCCGAUCACGCUCCUCAAGGGCCCAGCUGCACUUCCCUGUGAGCCGUGUGGACCGCUUUCUGCGCCAGGGUCACUAUGCCCAGAGACUGGCUUCAGGUGCCCCUGUUUUCCUGGCUGCGGUGUUAGAGUACCUGACUGUUGAGAUCCUGGAGCUGGCAGCCAAUGCUGCCCGUGACAACCAGAAGAGCCGCAUAGCCCCCCACCAUUUGCAGCUGGCUGUGCGCAAUGAUGCUGAGCUCAACCAGCUCUUUGGGGAUGUCACCAUCUCACAGGGUGGAGUCUUGCCUCACAUCCACUCACAGCUGCUGCAGCCAACAAGCAAGGCCCACAGCGGCCAGAACCAUGUUGGACAUCCCCAUACCCAUCCGGUGAAGGCCAAGUGAGCCAGCUUGGAGAGAGCCCAGAAUCUCAUGUAGUAGCCGCUUCUGUUUUCUGGGUCUUCCAAUUUCAUCACCCCGCAAACCUAUUAAAAGAGAUUA